UGCUCUUCUCCAUGCAGUCCUAUUUGCGCCAAUAAACGAUGCAAGUCUACAGGUGACUGUGUAGAUGGUUGUGUACCUGGACAUUUCAGUAGAGGCUGUAAACCCUGCCCUGUCAACUGCCUUCACAACAUGUGCCACUCGGACAGCGGGAAGUGUACAGACGGAUGUACACGUGGCUUUUAUGGUGGACUCUGCCAGCACACGUGUAAAGUGUGUUUUGAUGGUGUCUGUGAUCAGAAGACUGGGACCUGUACCAUAGGCUGCCACCUGACUGGACAAACGUGUGAUUCUACCUGCACGUUCAACUGUUCUAUAGCGGAAUGUCUAAGAGUGGAACAUUGCAACCAAGGUAAUAGUGACAGCAGCAUUGUUGACCUGAAGAUUGGACUAUCAACAGCCUUUUCACUUUUUGUAGUGAUCAUCCUGCUGGCCUUAUCACCCGUCUACUGCAAACAUUUAAGAACUUUUAAACAGCACACAAUACAGGGAAUAAUUCUACACGAAGCACCAAGUCAUGAGGACCAGGUACCCCCGGACUACUGUGAAAUCAGAGACGAAGAUGUUGACAACGUGUGUGAGCUGCCAGGGAUAAGAGGAGAUGAAUCAGUAACUGGAGCUGCCCCUGUCAUGCCUGUUCUGGCAGACUGCUUUGUAACAGAUUGUGAAAUCAAUGAUGUUGCUGCGGCAGAGCAGUCUGAUGUUGACGAUAACACGUACACUCACCUCGUGCGACCGGUUGUUGUUGAGUGGCAGGAAACAGUAGUGAACUAUGUACCUCCAAUCGAAGAGUGAUACACUGUAACCGCAGCAUGCUUAGUUUACAAAGGAGUUUGUAUUUUGUUUUGUUUUUGUCAAAUUAACUGCAGUCAGUCACCAAAUAUUACACAAUUAGACAGACAUGAAC